CCGAGUUGGAGUAUAGAUAAUUGGCUAUGCUUCAGCGCAAAUUUAGUUAUGGAAAGAAUAUAUAAUAUUUAUGGAGUAAACUUGGUGUGAAAAAGGUGUUUUCUUAAGUGAAGGCUUACCAUAGAGGAGCACCUCACAAUUAAGCGGAUGAAACGAUCUUAGCGCAGUGAAUAGAGCUAUUCGCUGCAAAUGCUAACUCGUGCCAGAAACCCGGGGAUGACGUCAACAGCACGUGACCUGAUCGUAUUAUUUGUUUUCAUGACGUGGGUUUCAGGUGGCCUUAUACAAAAUGGGACGGUGAUUUUCACUGGCAUGGAAUCUUCCGUCUAUUUCUCCGACAAUAUUGGCGACUGGAUCACACGAGGAAUUGAUUUUAAUGUAAGUACAUUCAACACUGAAAGUGGGUACAGUUUGGCAUGUGAUUCACACAAAGGCCAAGUUGUCAUUAGUAACCCGCAGAGGUCGACUCUUCUCGUAUAUGACGUCAUUUCCGACCGCAAUGUGGCGUUUUACAUCGGGACAUCUAAAGAUGUCGGCCAAGUGACGAUAGAUUGGCGCGCCGGAAACGUCUAUUGGGCGGACGCCGGGUACGGCUGGAUCGCCAUGAAGGAGCUGCCCGAUGACGUUACGACGCAUAACUCGCUAGACCCGCACUUCCGGGUGUUGGUUGACAGGCGACUGGACAUGCCCACCGGACUGGCGGUGUUUCCUGAGAAAUAUUUUCUCUUCUGGGCUGACGCGGGCUCAUCUCCCAAAAUUGAAAGGUCAAACCUGAUGGGCCUACAGCGGAAGGUCAUCGUGUACCAGAGCCUCCUAACGCCUCGGGCGUUGGCGAUCGACCACGCCUAUGAGCGCCUCUACUGGACAGACGAGGCCCGGGGGACGGUGGAAAGUUGUGACAUGGAGGGGAGCGGCCGCUCGGUGCUGCUGUCGAAGCCCGGCUGGGCCAUGUACGGGAUUGCAGUGUAUCAGGGAAGCAUCCUUUGCACUGGCGCGUUUGGCACCGAGAAUUUCACUGUGGCUAUUCCCGUCAACCAGACAACCGCCUUCAAGCGCGCGAAUUUACCAGUACGUUUCGGGCACUUGGCGCUCUACUCACGCGACUCGCAGCCACGUGAUUCGGACAGCAAUCGCUGCGAGAGUGCUUUGCGGUCAUGUGACCAGAUUUGUGUUGUAGAGAGUAACAGCGGACACACCGAAUGCUACUGCCACGAUGGCUAUGCGGUAACGCCGAAUGGUCUCCGGAUGACGUGUGAAGUGGACGUGGUAAACGUUGAGAGGAGCAUAAUGUUCACCAAUGGAGACCGGAUCUGCGCUAUCAGCGUGAACAUCCUCACGCUGAAAUAUGGCGAGGGAUCCAUCCCCCUGACAGUCCAUUGUCACGUGGUGACGUCACAACUCGGAACUAUAACUAGGUUUGCCUUGGACAUCAAGUCGUCCAACGUUUACUUUACCAACGGUACACAUAUCGCUGUACAGCCUGUUUUCAAAUCACAGUUGCAGAUGUUGUACACAGUAAACACGACCGGUGUAGCCAUCGUCGAUAUGGAUUUCGACUGGAAAUCGCGCCAACUCUUGUGGAUUGAGAAUGGAACGGCGACGCUGUUUUACACAUAUGUUAACGGAACUGCAUUCGAAAUAAAAAAGAAGACAGUGAACGGCGGUGGUACCAUUAUCAGUUUAGCCGUUGACCCACAUAAUAGUAUCGUUUAUUUCAUCAUACAAAACGAUUCCACAUACCGGAUGCAGGCAUGGGCGAGACAGAAUGACACGCAGACGCCAGUUCCGGGCACUGAACUAGCUGCACCGACCGACCUUGAAUAUGACCGCAUAGGAAACAGGCUGGUCUGGAUCGACGAUGGAGGUUUUGUUGGAUUUCUGUCCCUGACAGAUAACCGCCAAACGAGAGCAACGUUCAAUUCAAACUCGAAACGCAAUGCCUUGGUCAUUUACAAGAAUUUCAUCGUGUCCUCCUCCGCUGGCGGAAGUCAUUUUCGCGUGCUGUACAUGAAAAACCCGGACGCGCGCGUGGAAGUUAUCACCAUGGCGAACGUGACCACGUCCGCCGUCUUGGAUCUUCAUGUCUGGGAUUCCGCUCUGCAACCGCAGGACUUGGGAUUUUGUGACGUCAAUAACGGACACUGUCAACAAAUAUGCCUCCCGGAUGCAAAUGCCGAGAGAUGCGCUUGCGCACUAGGAUACACUUUGAAUGCGACUGACGGCCGCACAUGUUCCGCCGGGUUUAUGUCGUCAGAAUAUAUCGUUAUUUUUGACGAGAUUCACAAUAAGAUUUAUCAAGUAUCAAAUGGCGACAGUAGCACUAAGGUGCAUGCGCUAGAGACCGGAAAGUCAGACAAUAUUUCCGCCUUGGCGUUCGACAGUAAUUUGGGCACCGUUGUGUGGAAUGAUAGAAGCGUACGGACUGUCCGGAAGAAGACGAUAGGCUCCGAGGUGAUCAGCACACUGGAUAUCGUCACCGGUGUCGACACCUACCUGGCCAUAGACGGGUCAACCGGAAACGUGUACGUGCUGGCUGACAACAGCAUCCGGGUGGCGGAAGGAAGACACGUGUACACGGUGGAUGCGCCAUUUAGCGCUGGCCGAAUGAAGCGCCUGGCUUUGGCCCCACAGAAAGGAAGGAUGGCUUGGACCCGUGAGGUGACCACCCCUGCAAUAAAGUUGACCAUCGUUCGGGCCGACAUGGACGGAAGCAAUGAAAGAGACAUUGCAGAGACGGAUGGAACCGUGGACGAUCUCGCGUUUGACCCAGAUACAGGGGAUGUGUUGUUCUGGUGCAACAGCGUGAAUGACGAGGUCAAACGUAUGGACGUAAGCUUAAUAACCCGCGCAACAGAUGUGUACAAAGGGUUACAGCUCCAUCCGGUGGCCAUAGACGUAGCAGGACCGUACCUGUAUUUAGUACCACGUGACGAGCGAAAGCUUCUGCGGAUGUCAAGCAAUGACGGCUCUGGCAGGAAGGUCGUUUUCGAAUCCCCUCUUCUCGGCUCUCUGAUCAAUUUUUACGUAAAACAGACCGGUACAGUUCCUGUACAUCCUGUAUGCAGCAACUGUAACGGCCAGUGCAGUCACGUGUGUUUGCCGGAUGGGGAUACCGUAAAGUGCGCAUGUCCGGACGGAAAGGCACUGGCAGUAGACCGCAAAACAUGUCCAUCUGCUGCUAUCCGUUGCCAAGUAACAACUCAUAGAAGCAUCAUGGGUCUCCAACAUUGUUGUCCGGAUCGGCCAGGCGCUGUGUGUGCGGUCAAUUGUUCGAUCGGGUUUACUAAAGCAACUCCGUACCGAAUAGAAUGCAGAGUGAAUGGUGAAUGGAACGUUUCCUUGGAAACAGUUUGUUCAGAAGACCGAAGUCCGCCCGCAAGUGUAACUAUAAUAGCCGCGGCGGCGGGAGGCGGCGGGGCUGUUGUUGUUAUAAUCACCAUCAUAGUCGUCUGUUGUUGUAGAUCCAGAAAUAAAAGUCGCAAGGAUUUGGCGCCCCAACAUACAUCGUCUGCAAACGGACUUGCGGGUCACGACAACCCUGAUACAGUGGUCGACAACGACAGGGGACAUGGGUAUUCCACCUUAGGGGCCGCCAGUGCUGAUCCGCCUAUGUCGUUGACUAAAGAGGAGCAGGCGGAUGGCGGGGUUUAUCAUGAAAUUGAUGAGACAGCCCUGCGGGUAGAACUCCCGCCUAAACCGGAAAAGCAAGGCGACAAUCAUUGGUCGAGGCGGGCCAACAAGUACAGCAAGUUCCCCAUGCCAGAUGAUAAGUAUUCUUCGUAUCUCACAGCCGUAGCUGUGGACGUUCCACCUCCUGACUAUCCGUUUACAAGUAGCGGACAGUCGCCCUUACCGUUGGAGGACGCUGACGGCUAUCUAGCGUCCAGUUCGGUCAGCGGCGGGUCCCUGGCCGAGUCGAGGCUCAGAGAUUUUAAUUCGCACUCAGGUGCCGAUAAUCCCCGGGUCGAUAUGGGCCGUUACAGCCAGGGGGCCGUCAGUUACAACGCCCGCGGCUACCCACCUCUUGCGAACAACAGCGGGUUGCAAUCAGGCAACGCGUAUUUGUCCCUCUCUUCCGACGGCGGAUCAGCGUACAAAACUAGUUCUGAAAGAUAUUAAUGAAAGAACGAGAGGUUGUUUGGCGAUUAAAACAAAUUUGUAACAAAACAAUUAGCAAAAAGUAUACGUGAUAUUGCAAAGACAAUUUAAAACAAACCUGUUACGUGAAUUAGGGCCGUAUUGUUAACUACCGUAAUUUUCUAAUGAAAAUCCGUCUUCUUCGUUACAGUAUAGAUAUAAAGCAUGUUCAUCCGUCACAACACGCCCUCUAAUGACAUAGAUCGGGUUGUAUAAAGUGUGUUUAAAUAAUUAAAACGAUGAAUUUGUGAUCAGUAUGUUGAUACCUUGUUAAAUUAAAAAAAGAACAUAUUAUUUAUUAACGGUAUAAUGGUACAUUCACCGGUGUUAACUGCCUCUUUUGCUCAAUAUGAGCCGAAAGCUGUCUCAUCUAUCCGGCCCUUGUGAUUGGUUGCUUACGUUGCUAUGGAUGAGAGCGCCUACGAAAGUCCUGUUCGCAAAUCAAAAAGUACAGUUCAUUGACGUAAAACGAAAUCUGAAAAAAACACGAAAACAUUAACUUGGCUUUUAAUAUCAAGUAGGUUUUACUGGUGAUGGUAUCCGUGUAUAUAAACGGAAAGUGCUGAAAAUUGAAAUACAAAAAAAUGCAUACGAUUUAUUAAAAUGGUUUAUUCAGUGAAGUAGUUUUUGGAACAUGUAGCCAUGCUAACAACAUCGAAUAGGAUAAAUCACCGCAAAGAAACAGACGUUUGACUGAUGUGGGCAAUGAAAAUGCGCUUGUCUCAACCUUCCACAGCUAUUGUGGUAUAUUGUAAUUUUUUUAUCUUUAAAGUACACUUAUUAUUAUAUAUGUGUAUACAAUUACCUAGACAUAAACAUAAAUGUACAAAAUGUAUCACCAGCACAUCUUACUCCAAGUACUGGCUUGACAUGUAUUGCUAUGUAUAUUUUAAUGAUAAACUGUAUCGGUUCAAUUUAUUAUUACCAUUUACAUUGUAUUGUAAUAUAGCUAUGGUCAUGUACUUUU